GGGCGGGCGAGAGCGAGUGUUCCGGGUCAGGAAGAGGAAUGAAAGGAGGGAGAGAGGAGCAGAGCGCCCAGGGACCCGGGCUAACGAGAUACAAGUGAUUAGAGAGCAGGGGCCGCGAAGGAGACCAUCAGAAGGACUCCCCCCUCCCCCCUCCGCUCCUGCUCACGGGGCUUUCUGAGCUAGGGGGAAGAGUUGCCGCCUUCUCCAGCAGCGCGUCGGAUGCGGGUUCCCCUUGCGGACUUGCUGCCUCUGCUGGGACUCGCAGUGGGAAGGGGAGGAGCAGGAGGGAGGAGGCUUUGGAAGCCGUAGCGGGUUGCUGGCGGCUGGGGGCGCUUUGGAAGCCGGCGGGGGGCUGCUCGGAGGGAGGCGGACGCUUUGGAAGCCGGCUCCGGCGGGGGGUUGCUAGGGGGCUCGCAGCCCGGCGCGGGCUGGGCGGGGAGGAGCGUCGGAGCCGGCCGGGCUGCUGGGUGCGCUCCCAGUCUCGCCCUUGGCGCGGCCGGCAGUCGCGGCGGCGGCGGCGGCGGCAGGGAGAGGCGCUACUGCCCGCCCUGCAGCGGCCGGACCCCUCGUGGGCGGCGCUGGCUGCUGCUAUGUUUCAUUGCAUCCCCCUGUGGCGGUGCAACCGUCACGUGGAGUCCGUCGAUAAGCGGCACUGCUCGCUGCUCUCGGUGCCCGAGGAGAUCUACCGCUACAGCCGCAGCCUGGAGGAGCUGCUGCUGGACGCCAACCAGCUCCGCGAGCUGCCCAAGCCCUUUUUCCAGCUUGUAAAAUUACGGAAACUUGGACUCAGUGAUAAUGAAAUUCAGCGGCUCCCUCCAGAAAUAGCAAACUUUAUGCAGCUGGUGGAACUUGAUUUGUCUCGAAAUGAAAUUCCUGAAAUUCCAGAAAGCAUCUCCUUUUGCAAAGCACUACAAGUAGCAGACUUCAGUGGGAACCCACUGACCAGGUUGCCUGAAAGCUUUCCUGAAUUACAGAAUCUAACGUGUCUCUCUGUAAAUGACAUCUCACUGCAGGCACUACCUGAAAACAUUGGGAACCUUUUUAACCUGGCUUCCUUGGAACUAAGAGAGAAUCUUCUGACAUACUUACCUGAAUCACUCACCCACCUGCAGAGACUAGAAGAACUUGAUUUAGGAAACAAUGAACUUUAUAACUUGCCAGAAACAAUUGGUGCACUUUUCAGUCUUAAAGACCUCUGGCUGGAUGGAAACCAGUUAGCUGAAAUACCUCAGGAAAUAGGAAAUCUGAAAAACCUGCUAUGUCUGGAUGUCUCUGAAAAUAAAUUGGAAAGACUUCCUGAAGAGAUCAAUGGUCUGAAGUCCUUAACAGAUUUCCUCGUUUCUCAGAAUUUACUUGAGGUGCUACCUGAUGGUAUUGGAAAUUUAAAGAACUUGUCUAUCUUGAAGGCUGAUCAGAACAAACUUGUUCAGUUGACAGAAGCAAUAGGAGACUGUGAAAGCCUUACUGAACUAGUUCUAACAGAAAACCAGCUGCUGAAAUUGCCAAAGAGCAUUGGAAAACUAAAGAAGCUGAACAAUUUGAAUGUCGACAGAAACAAAUUAAUAUCUUUGCCCAAAGAGAUUGGGGGGUGCUGCAGUCUUAAUGUCUUUUCUGUGCGUGACAACAGAUUAUCUCGAAUUCCCUCUGAGAUUUCACAAGCCACUGAACUGCAUGUCCUGGAUGUAGCUGGAAACAGGCUGAUACAUCUUCCUCUGUCACUGACUUCCUUGAAGCUGAAGGCUUUGUGGUUGUCUGAUAACCAGUCCCAACCUUUGCUGAUGUUCCAGACUGACACAGACCCUGAAACAGGAGAGAAAAUUUUAACAUGUGUUUUACUUCCUCAAAUGCCUUCUGAGCCCAGUUGCCAAGAUAACCUGCCCCGAUGUGGUGCAUUUGAGAGCUUGGUAAAUACAAUGUCAGAUGAAACCUGGAAUGAGCGUGCGGUAAACAGAAUCAGUUCGAUCCGCUUUUUAGAAGAUGAAAAAGAUGAAGAGGAUAAUGAAAUGAGAACACUUCUAAGGCGAGCCACUCCACAUCCUGGAGAGUUAAAGAACAUGAAAAAGACAGUGGAGAAUUUACGGAAUGAUAUGAAUGCUGCUAAAGGACUGGAUUCAAACAAAAACGAGGUCACUAAUGCCAUUGACAGAGUGACCACUUCUGUGUAGAGUUACAUCUCCAGGUUUUACCUCCUGUGUCUUCCCCUGCUGUUGAAAUGUUCCUGUCAUCUUCUGGGACGUCAUUCAGACCCCUUUGUUUUUAACCAGAACCUGAUUCAUCAUCUCCUUGUAUGUGGAAGGUGCUGAUCACUGGAAGAAAGUGCCUUAUCUCAGCCAGGCAUUGAACCAAUAAUCUCCAAAUCAAUAUUGUACUUUUAAUAGUUUAGUUUGUUUUUAAUAAAUAGAGUACACUACUGUAUAGGUAGUGCCAUAUUUUUGUCUUACAUGUGGGGAAAUAUGAUUUUUCCUAAGUGCUGGGGUAUCUUCUUCCCAGUUGCUAGAUAUGCUGGUGAGAAAUAUAGUUUUAUGUGGAAAAUGGAUACAUUUUUACUCUUUGGCAGCUCAGAUGGUGUAAAUUUUAAAAUUUUGUAUAGGAGUUUCAUAACAAAAUGGUGUAUUUCAUUUUUAAAAAGAAAUUUAUCUUAAUCGGUACAUAUUUUAGUAUUUGUGGAAGAGAACGUGAGUUACAUGGACAGUUUUAUUCAUUUGUUGUUUGUACUGCCCACUUGUGCCUUAAUGUGUCUUGUAUGUCAGACCAGUCUUAAAAGAAAACAGAAUCCUUGGGCAGAGCUAGGUUAAAACAAUUGUGCCUGUUUGGAAGUGUUCAUUUCAAGACGUAAUUAACCUUUGGGGUAUUAUAAAAAAAAAAAAAGGAAAACUGAUGUUUAUAUCACAGGAUUCAAAUUUGUGAAGCACAACUGUUUAUUUUAUUGUAUGCUGAGUUGAGAUUAAACGAGCAGACUGCUACUGUUUAUUACA